AUGGCACCUGUCACAGCUCACAGCGUUGUGCUCACUGGCAAGGAGAACAAUAAACUGAGAAAACCAGCUGUGGAGAAGAAGCGCAGGGAUCGCAUCAACAGCAGCAUCCAGCAGCUGAAGUGUCUCCUGGAAAAGGAGCUGCAAGCACACCAGCCCAGCUCCAAACUGGAGAAAGCCGACAUCCUGGAGACUGCAGUGAGUUACCUGAAGGAGAACAUGCGCCCCAAGGCGCCUGGGACCCCUGUGGUGCUUGGCAGGUCCACACCUGGCCCGGCUUUUGCACAGGGGUUCACCACGUGCCUGCAGGAGACGCUCUGUUUCCUUUCCACGCACAACCAGCCAACCGAUUUCAAACACAAGCUGGUGCAUCGGUUCAGCCGAGCUCCCCUGCAGGCUGGCAGGACCGGGAUAUGUCCAAGUCCCCUGGCGGUCUCUCACAGCCGCGUCGCACCGAUGUGCGUCGGCGCAGCUGGAGCGCAGCCGCUAUGGAGGCCCUGGUAA